AUGUACAUAAAUCCUAGUCAAUAUUCCAAAGCAUUUCUGGAAAUAAAACGAUCAUCAUUAUCCCAUUCCACUUGCAAAUUGGUGUUAUUUGUUUCAUGUUUAGAUAUUGAUUCAUUAUGUGCAGCAAAGAUUCUCAGUUUAUUAUUGAGAAAAGAGUUAAUCCAGUAUCAAUUGAUUCCUGUUGUCGGGUAUACUGAUUUAAAACAGCAUUUUGGUAAGUUGGACGAUGAUGUGACGAACAUUAUUUUAGUAGGAUGUGGUGCUAUGUUGGAUUUAGAAGGAUUUUUUGAGUUGAAUCCCGAAGAUUAUCUUUUGGGUGAACAGCCAAAGGGAUUUGAAACUGAUUUGAGGCUAGAUAUGUCGAAGGAAAAGAAUAUUCAAAUGAGAAGGAAAAUAUAUGUUAUUGAUGGACAUAGGCCAUGGAAUUUGGAUAAUAUAUUUGGAUCUGCGAUGGUUGUAUGUUUAGAUGAUGGAUACAUAGAUGCAUCAUUAGAUGCGGAAAAAGGUGCAUACAAGACAUUGGUGGAGCAAUUCAAUGAAGAUGAAGAUGAAGAGUCAGAUUCGGAAUCCAGUGAAGACGAUAGCGACAUGAGCGACAAAGAAACCGACGCCGACGAGGAGUCUGAUAGCGAGUUGGUGAUUCAUUCUCAAGAUUCAGAAGAAACUGUAUCGAGGAAACGUAAGCUACAAGAACUGAAAACGAAUAAAAUAAAGAAACAAAGGCGAAAAAUCAAGACCCAGAAUGAAGAUAAAAUUCAAGAAUACUAUAAUCAAGGUACAACGAUAAUUACUUCAAAUUCCAUCACAAUUUAUGGGCUAUUGACAGCGAUUGGUGAAACUAGUAUUGACAAUUUAUGGCUUGCAAUUAUAGGUACUUCCGCAUUGGAUAAUCAAUUUCCCGAAGUUUAUGAUAAAUUACAGCCGUUGUUGAAAGACGAAGUUCAUAGAUUGAGUCCUUCAACUCAAGAGGUUGGUCACAACAAAACAGCAGACUCUUCAGCCCUCAGCAUAGAACGAGAUUAUCAUUUGUUUUUACUACGACAUUGGACUUUAUAUGAUUCGUUUUUUUAUUCGAGUCAUGUAAACUCUAAAUUAAAUCUUUGGACCGAAGAUGGGAAAAAGAAAUUGCAUAAAUUAUUUGCCAAGAUGGGGGUAUCACUAGCAGCAGCUCAACAAAAAUGGUUAUACAUGGACGUCAGAAUCAAGAAACAAUUACCUCUGAUUUUUAACCAUUAUCUUCCAAUGUAUGGCCUUGAAGGGAUAGUUCGUGAAGGCUUUAUUCGAACUUUUGGAUAUACAGGCCAGCUAUCAGCAAUGGAAUCCGUUGAAGCUUUAACUGCAUUACUUGAGCUUGGCAAAUCCGUAUUGAAUACAGGGGAUAGCUAUAAUAAUGACAAUGAUGACGAUUUGGAAGAUGAGGAACAAAGAAUAGCUAGAAAGUUAGAAAGAAAAGAAAAGGCGUGGGUUAAUAAUUUCUGGUCUUCUUGGGACGCAUUAAACUUGAAAUCAACUCAAUAUUCAAAUAGCAACACAAAGUCCACAUUUAAGAAAGCCAAGGGGUUUGAAUUAUUGUGUCAAGGUUUGGAGCAUGCCAAACAAAUCCAACAAAUAAUAUUCCGUACAGGUAUGUCAUUACUUGAAAGAAAAAUGAUCCGGAACUUGAAGUUAUACAGAUUAUGCGUAUUGAAUGAUGGUUCCAUUCCGGACUUGGCUAUCUUUAAUAAUCCAUUGAUGUUAACAAAGUUGGGUGGUUGGCUAAUGGAGAAUAUAACUGAGCUUGACUUCAUGAAUGGAAUUCAAUCACUUAAACCAUUGGUAGUCGCAAGUUUGGAUGUCGCAAGCGACACAUAUCUAGUCAUUGGGCUUGCUCCUAAGUAUCCGAGGGGUAUGGAUAAUGCGACCCGAGCCAGAUUAGCACAAGAACAAAACACUCAACUGCUGGGUGAAACAUUCACUGCUAGAUUAAACACAUUUAGUGUCGCUUUUCAACAAUUAUCAAAUACUUCUGGAGCAAAGGUGAGAAUCGAUAGCUUUGAUAGUUCCGUUAUUGAAAUUAGAAAGGAUGAUUUGCUGCCUUUCUUGGAGCGUCUCACCUUAAGUGGAUUGAUAUAA